AAUUGAAGUACUUGAUACACUUCUAAGUGCAAUGACUCGAAAGCGCAAUCUCGUUUUCGUUUCAUCGAUGGGGAAUGUGAUAUUAGGCGAAUGUAAUAUUUUAUUUCAAGUGCCACUACAUCGAGUACACAAUAACUACCUUGUUUAUCACUAAUUAAUGGCUCACAAUAAUAUAUUUCUAAAGAAUGACGAAACUAUUCUUCAUAGCCAAGAGUUUAAGUUAAAAUUUAGCAAUAGUGUUGGAGUGGAUUGGAAAACUCUUGGGCGAAAGUUAAAUAUUAAAGAUAACUAUUUAGACAUGAUUGAUCAAGAUAAUGUUAAAACUUGUGUAAAAGCAUAUGAAAUGUUAACUAAAUGGAUUCAAAUGAAUGCGGCUCCAUCACUUGAUAAAUUAAAAACUGCUUUAAGGAACAUGGAGAGAAAGGAUUUAAUAAUAAAAUUAGACGAGUUUGCAAACAUAUCUAUUCCAGAAAGCAUAAGCACUAUUGAAAAUCGAAUAAAACAAGGUUGUGUAUUCAAGUUUGUCCUACCUAAAGAUGAAAUUUGUAGAGGAGUUGAAUUCCAGUUAUACAAUGAUGCUAAAAAUUGGGCAACUAUUAUUAAUAAAAAGCAUUCAUUUGAAUACUACUUAACAAAAAAAAAGAAUGAUACGUUGUUUGUAAAAGUGGAAAAUUUAAUGUUUGAAAAUGAAAAAAUUAAUUUUAAGUUUUCAUUUCAAGAUUCAAAAAAUAAAACUUUUCAGCAUUAUUGUUCUGCCAUCAUUACAGGUAAUUGCAACUAUGAGUUAAUAUAUAAUGGCUUGUUCAUCGCAACACCUGAACCAAUUUUCAACAAUAAGUUCAGAAAAAGAAUUAGAAAAAUAAAUUCUUUAGAUUGGAGAGAGACUAACAACAUCCAUUUAGCUAAAGCACCUCAUGAAUCAAUAGAGUUGUUUGCAUUAGAUUAUUUUGAUAGAAAUUUUUAUGAUUAUAAUGAGGUUAUUUAUGUCUCUCCUUUGAUUGCUGAUAAUGAAAAUUUAUUUUUUGUGGUUUCCAAGUUUAAUGAUUUACUUACUGUGAAUAAAACAGGGAUACGUGCUGUAUUACCUGGCUACCGUUUACGUUAUCAUGCAACUCUUUUAAAGUUUGAUGUUAAAAAAUUUACUAAUUAUAAAGAUGAAAAUAGAAUAAUAAUAUUUUGCUCUAAACUCAACCUUGUUAUCAUUGCUCGUGUUGCGACAUCAAUGGAUUGCAUCAAGCUUGAAUCUGAGUGCUGUUUAAAUGAUGUCAUAUUAUUUGUUAACAUUAACAAUCCUCUUAUUGACACUAAUAAACUUGUUAUUUUAGGAAUUGUAAUUUUACCUUUUCAUGAUCGUAAAUAUUUAAAAGAAGAAUUAUUUUUUCACUUCUCUGAGAAUUUUGAUUUAGAUCAAAUUUUGUUUUUAUGUAAAGAUGAAAUUGCAGAUGACAGUUUUGAAAGUUGGUGGAGAUCAGUUGUGUCAUACUGCAUUAAAAAAGUAAAUAGUAAAAAAAAUAGUAAUGAAAUACUAUUUAAGAAACUCAUUAGCUUAACUAUGAUGUCAAUGGCUAAAGUUGACCAUUGUUUUCCCACAUUAGAAUCAGAUCCUCAAAAACAAAUACAAUCAUUAAUUCUUAAUGUUGAACAAAGGAAUGCAAUUAACGAUAAAGCAUUGAAAAAAAUUAUUACUGGAGGAUAUGGUUCAGGAAAAUCUAUAGUAGGAAGAGAGAUUGUUAAAAAUUAUGUAAAACAUAAAUCAGAAAAACCUCUUACUUUGUAUUAUAUUUGUUGCAACCAUUUCUCUUUGUAUGAAUGCCAUAUGAAAAAAUUUGUUGACAAUAUAGAAAAAGCCUCUAAUGUUACAGUUAUUUGUGAUAAUUUGUAUGAGUUAUGGAAAAGUAUGUGUCGGGAUAAUAAUAUGUUAAAAAAGGAUAUUUCUCUUCCAAUAUUACUAGAAUAUUUGGCUAACACCAACAGUAAUAAAGUAUGUUUUGUACUUGAAGAACUUUCUGAGGAGUUUGUUAGAGAAGAUGACGCAAUUCAAAUAAAACAUUUAUUUACAUCUGUUUUAAAAGAAUCUUUAGUUGUUUUUAUACCUGAAAGUAUUACAAAGAAUAGAAAACUGGUAACAAGUAAACAAAAGCGUACACUGCAAAGAAAUUUCUUUCAAGAAGAUAUAAUAGGAAUGAAGGUUAUAUCUCUUAAUAAAUCAAUGAGAGUUACCAGAUGCAAUAAAUUAUUAAUUGAUGUUGCUCAAAAAGCUAUUUCUGAAACAAAAAGUGUUUUAGACAUUCAAAACACAAAUUUUAGAUUUUUACAAAAAAUUGAAAAAAACAAGUUGUUUGGCAAUGAAGAUUUGCAGAUUGAAAAAGUAGAAGAUUUCCAAAGUUUAUCAUUGACAUUGAAUUCUAAUAUUGAUUCUAAAAAUGAAACUAAAAACAAAACAAGUAGAUCCAUGGAAAACAAUGAAAAAGAUAGUAAAAAAACUAAUGAUACAUUACCUUAUAAUUUAAAUUAUGUAGAUACAGUAAAAACAACUUGUUUGUCAAUAGUUAAUUUAGAAAAAGAUACUAAAAAUGAAACUAAAUACGAUACAAGUAAAUCCACAUUAAAAACUUCUGAUAUGGUUUUAAAAAAGGUUUUAAAAAAUCAAACUAAUUACACUUUAGAUAAUAAUUUAAAUGGCACAAUCAAGGUAAAAGAUAAUUAUAAUGCAUCUCUCGACAUAAAAAAAGAUGAUAACUAUGCUUCAAAUAUUGCUUAUGAUAAAAAUAUUGAUAAAUUAACAGACUCAGAUUUAUAUCAGAGAAUAGAAAACAAAUUUACAAUUGUUAAUGAUUUUCAUGAUAAUGAUUUAGAUUAUAUGGCAAAAUUAAUUGCAAAAAAUACUAAUAAUGUUGAUCAAAAUAGUUAUAUGGAGACGGAAUAUGUUUUCAGGUCUGGGUUCAUAGGACACUCUGUUGAAGGAGAAAAACCUAAGGUUGUAUAUUUACCUUUUCAUGAUAUAGCAAAUAAACAGUCUGUAAAGUUAUUGUCCAUUGUGUUAGAAAACCUUUGUUUUGAUGUAUUAAGAAAAACAGUGGUUAUAUGCAGCAACAUGGAAGAAGUGCAAUCUGUUGCAUAUGCAAUAGAUAUAAUUGGGAACUUUAAAGCAAUAACCUAUUCACCACAUUUGCAAAAAUACUCACCAACAUUAGAAACAAAAAUUGAAAUAAAUAAAAAAUUAAGAAGUGACAUGGAUAUUCUUAUAACUGACUCCAAAGGAUUUUCAGGAGCAGAAUCUGAAUUUGUAAUUGUGUUUGUUAGCCCAGAAGAGAUUUAUUAUCGACAUGUUCUUGUAGAUGCAAUAUCAAGAUCAAAUUCACAUUUAAUGGUUUUUGUUAAAAGUUACAGUGAAGACAAAGAACCUUUAAAUAUAGAUAAAACUAUUGGCAAUGUUUUAAAUAAUUUGUCAGAAGAUGUUGUGGAAAAAAUUAAAGUUGUAACAUCAAAUAAUAAAAAUCAAAAAUCAUUAGAUGGUUUUUUCAUAAUAGAUGAAGAUUGCAAGGAGUUUAUUGAUCGUGGAGUUGAUAAUGACUUUGACAAAUAUAAAGAGAAUUUACAGUUUAAAAUUUUUCAUGAAAAUAACAUUAUAUAUGAAACUAUGGCUUAUGAUCUGUCUAAGCAAACAAGGAAAGAAUUUAUAAAUAAUGCAUCUGUUCUGCUAAAAGAAUUUUAUAUCCAAACAUAUAAUGAAAUUAAUGAAUUUCAACCACCACUAUAUACAACUGAAAAUGUUGAUUCAACAAACAAAUUUAUUGACUUGUCUAUUGCUGAAGGAAUUAUUUUUGAAAAACGUAUGAAUUAUAAACAAGUUUCACAUAAUGAAGUUUUCAUGAAAGAAAAAUCUCUUUUAUUAGUUUCAGGUAUAGCUGGUAUUGGAAAAUCUUGGUUACUUAAAAAAUGCUUGAUUGAUUGGUCUACUAAUCUUAUUUGGAAAAAAGUUGAUUUUGUUUUUUAUUUUGAAUACAGACUGCUUAAUAAGUAUCAAUGUAUUUCUAAUAUAAAUGAAUUACUUGUUGUUUUUUACAAAGAUUUUGUAAAAUUUGUAGAUAUCAAUAUUCAUAGCAUAAUAUUUGUAAUUGAUGGUUUAGAUGAGUUUAAAUAUUUUGACGACUUAAUAAAUUACAGUUCUUUUUCACAAUACCCAAUUGUCAAUGCUCUAUCAGAAAUUCACAAUUAUAAAUGUGUGAUAGCUGGAAGAGUUUAUGCUGUAGAUCAAUACCGAAAUGUUUGUCAAAUGUCCAAAAUGCAAAACAAUAAGUUAACAAUACAAAUAAUGGGUUUUAAUCAAAAUAGUAUAUAUAAUUAUAUAGAAAAAAAUAUAGUUGUUAAAAAUAAAAUUGUAAAAACAUUUUUCAAAAACUUUUCUCCAGUUGCAAAUGCGAUGACAUCUAUUCCAUUUUUUUUAUCCUCAAUGUGUAAAAUUGUUGAAUCAAAACAAUGUAACCUUUCAUUAUUAACAAUAACAUAUUUAUGUACAGGAAUAUUUUUUUACUUUUAUCAAAAACAUAUUAUGAAAACUGAGAUUCCAGUUGAUGAGAUAAUGGAAAAUGAUGAACAUAAGAAAUAUAUUUUGAAUAUUUGUAAAAUUGCAUAUGAAUCAUUUGUCAGAAGUAAAGUAGUUUUUUCCAGAAAAGAAAUUCAAACUUUUAUCAGUGACUUUGAUAAAGUUGAACAUAAACUAUUUGGAUUUAUUGAAAGGAUUGAAACAGAUCUAGGUUUUCAUUAUCAAUUUGUGCAUUCAGCAAUAAUGGAGUUUUGUGCAUCUGUAUAUGCAUAUAAUUGUUUAAGUAGCGAAGAGAUUAUGGCCACUGAAAAGCUGGAGAGUUGUUUAUCAAUGAUUUGUGGAUUAACUAACAAAAGCCAAAAUAGUUUAAUAAAGUUUCUUGUUAACCUGAAUCCUUCGAAAAAACCUUAUGAUGAUUUUUUGCUUCCAGUUUUAGAUUAUUUACGUAAAAGUUAUAAUGAAAACGAAUCUUUAAACAAAAAAUUUCAUUACAAUAAUUUAUUCAUUGAAUGUUUUUUUGAAAGUCAAUCAUCAUUUACUGAUGAAAUCAAAUCAAUUGUCGAUAGUCGACAGUGGGAGAUUUGGAUUGACGGUUGGAGAACAUUCUACAAGACUUCUUGCGAUAGUUAUUUUGUAAAUCAUUUCAUAAAUUCUGGAAGAAAGUUAUCAAAGUUAUUUGUUGAUAAAAAUGUUUUAAGUGAUGAAGAAAAAAAUCUUUUAAUUCAAUGUUCAACAAAUGUUCGCUGUGUCAUCUUUUAUCGAAUGAUUAAGUUUGAAGGUUGGAAACCAAAAGAUAAGAUUGUAGAGUUGUGGAUACAAAUCUCAAAUUAUUUAAUAACGAAAAUAGGUUUUAAAGAAAAUUUUCUUCCGUGGAUUAAUAUUUGUGAAGAAUUAUAUCUUGAAGUUCACGACGAAAUUGAUUUUAUUGAAGAUAUCUAUGAAUGGAUUUAUUAUUCAAAUAUCAAGAAGUUGUGCAUCAAGUACCGUGGAAAAGAUUUUCGUAACGAUGAAUUAAAAAAUUUUAUAUCACGGAAAAAGUGUUUAAUAUCUUAAAUAAUAAUAAUAAUAAUAAUAUUAUAGAAAUAAUAUUAACAAUAGUUUUAAAUAACGAGUAAAAUAUUUC